AUGGUUUGCAUUGGACAAGCUCCCCUACCUUGCUUGGCCCUGGCCGCGCGACAAACCUGGUGCCUGUUGGCGAUAUUGACGUUGACGGCGACACUUUUGCGAAGGGAUGGGCUGCACCCAUCCAAAUCCCGACCUACACUCGCCCGAAGAAUGCUUGCGACGCACAGAGUACGCUCGUAUACGACCGACCACAUGGUUCACGAUCCCUAUAUUUCGGCGGGGUACUAG